GUACGGAUUUCUCUUUUCUAUCGGCCACUGCGCUCCACAAUUCACCAAAAUUGUUUUAAUGGUCAUCUAUAUUUUUGGUUUUUUAUCAAUAUCAUUGACGUUCUAGCAUUUAAUUUAGUGAUUAUACUCUGUAAACUGCAGCCCAAGUGCUUUGAUCUGGAUUACGUGAUAAAACAAUAAUCACCGACUGUAAUGGAAGCAGCCGCAGCCAGAACCCAGGGCGAUGGUAUGGAAAAUGAAGCCCUUGCACCGUUGGUUUCGUCUUCUGGGACCGGAGUCAAUCAACGACCAAAGCAAUUUGGUGCAACGCACGUAAACCAACCACUGAAACUUCCGACCGAUUUCGAACUAGAACGAUUGCUACCUCACUCGGGCUCAAAUCCAGUUUACCGGCCAACUGAGUUGGUGACCGCGACCAAUGCUUCCCUGCCCCCUACCAUUCCCAAAGGAAAGAUUUUCAACCUAGUACCGAAGCUGGCAAAUUCGGGACGAACCGCUUCUUCGGCCAGUGGAGGUUCAAGUGGAUUGAAAAGUAGAGAACCACGAUUUGUUCCUUUCGAGCCGUACAAGGGAGCCGUUAAUCCGAUCCUGCCCUACCGGAACAACGAAAAUCGGGUUAAAGUUAAUAAUAGAAACAACUUGGAUUUGAACGUGCUGGUAUCUCAAAUGUCCACUAUAACAAGCAAGGAACUGAAGGGUGAUGAAACCGCAGCUAAACGGGAAUUCGAUGCAGAGAAGCAAAAGUUCGAGAAACAGAUCGACGAGCUGAAGAAAGAACGCGAUUACUAUCAAAGUCAGCUUAAAUUUCAGGCUCAAGUUAAUUCGGAAUUGAAAAACCUUCUGGUAGCUGCCGUUGGUGAAGAUCUUCAAACGAAGGUCAACGUCCUUACGGAAGACAAAUUACACUUGGCCAGAAAGCUGCUGAAUUCUGCUGAAAAUUUGUCCUCCCACACAGAACAGAUCGAGUUUCUUGCCGGUCAGAGUGAAGUUUGGCGAAGUAAAUUUCUGGCCAGUAGCCUGAUGGUGGAGGAACUUGCACGAUGGAAAACUAGUUUGCUGCAGAAAAAUACCUUACUACUAGCUGCCAACAAAGAUAUGCUAGAAACAACAUCCAAAAUACGCGAAAUGCAGGCUGACAUCUUGCACAAUCUAAAAUUUUUGUCCAAUCAAAAAGAUUUAUCGCUGAAAUCAGCCGAUGUGCUUGACCUCACUGCUGAGAGUCUGAACAUAUCACAGCAACUGGUACUAGCUCACUCGGCAAUGGGAAUGCCGGAACCUCUGAACCUAGCCGGUCUGGAAACAACCUGUCCCGCGGAAAAACUCGCCAUCCAAGCACUACAAAACUCCAACGAACCGCUGAUGAGCACCGACGAAGCAUUCCGUGCUAUCGUGGGCCAAGCUUUCCCUUCGAUGAACUCCAUCAAGCAACAGAUGUUAGAGGAACAGCGCCAGUUGUCUGGUGAGUUUGUGCUCGUCGAAAAUUGCGCACCAUCCGAAUACGAUGCUUAGACCGGCCAGCGAAGCCAGUGAAUGUGGGACUUUUAAUUUGAUUUUGGGGAUUGAUAAUUUGUUAUUUAGCCAUAUAGAAAGCGACCUUCAACGUUUUGUUGAAUAGGUAUCAAUUUGAAAAUGCAAUCAAAAAUAAAUACAGCGCAUUUGUGGAUGCUUUUUACACUAACUAGACGAUACGAUCUAAUAAAUAUACAUGCUAACCAA